CUAACUAGGAAUUUUAUUGCGUGCAACAAGACGACAAACACGAAGCAAAGAUAUCGUUUAAGUGUGAAUAAUUGUAUUUGCAACAGCAACGCAAGCGCAGCAAAUCGAACUUUAAUUAAUUAAAAUCGAAGUCACAUUAGUUUUUAACUGCGUUGGCAUAUCCAUAUCGAUUUCGAUACAUGCAAAAAGUGCCACACAGGCGACAGGGGCGCAGGCAAAAUAAACAAGAGCAAGAAAAAUGCGUGCGCUAACGCCAGCGCACAUAUUAAAUAUUAAAUCAAUAUUUGUCACACUAAUCGCAGCACUGCUCAUUGCACCAAAUGCCGUUUUCUCGCGCAAACAUCACCUGGAAGUUCGCAAUGAUAUGCGCCCGUAUAUUGCGCUGAGCACCUUUGGCUUCUACACAAACGGACAUUUGGACGUGCAGCUGAGUCAGCUAACAGUUGACGAUGAGCAGUCGACCGAUUUGUUUGGCCUGUCGUUGGACAAGACGACCAUUGAUCAGCUUAAUCCGUACCUGGACUCGCAUCAAAAUAAGUGCAUACUAGAGGAGCCGCCGUCCAACCAAAAAAGUGGCCCAAUUCUGUUUUUUGUGCUGGAUCUGAAGGAGCUAAAAGUACGUGUGCAAUGCUCACCGGAAUGGGCAAACAAGCAUAUCUACAAGGAUGUGAUGUACCGUCGCAAGCGCAACUCGCAUGUCGCAAAGGUCAGCGACACUGCGCUGUUCAUGCAGCAGCGUCGCCGUCGCGAUGUGAUGAACGUUGAUUCGGACGAAGUCCUCGACAUGGAUGAUCAUUCGGUUGAGGAACCUAUGCAACCAGAGUUGGAUGCAGCUGAAGCCAAGCUGAAUGGCGAACAGCCCAAGUUGUCGUCGCCCAUUAUGCCUGGCAAAAUUAGCGCAGCGCCAAAGGUAGAACCUGCCGUUUUGGAGCCGAAAGAGUCUGCAGUACUUGAGGAAUCCAAAAAGGUACCUGUGCAACCAAAAGUGGACAAUGCAAGUGCUUCAUCAGUUGUAGCAGCCCCACAAGCUGGCCUUGAUGCCGCCAAGGCGAGUGGUGUGCUCAGCGUCAGCAACGAAGCAGAAGUUGAGGCCGGUGCCAAAGCUAUUGGCGACGCUGGUGCAGUUGUCGCCGCAUCAUCUGCCUCGUCUAGCAGCAACAACAACAAGAAGCUCGAUGAUGCCGAACUGGAACCAGCGCUUCCGGUGGACAGUUCUCGGGGCUCUGGGUCUAACUUUUAUGAAUUCAACUCCUUCAGGCAAUCGCAGGAAGAGCUGUGCAAGAAUUUCACGCUGCCACUCAUCAAGCAAACAGUCGAUGGCACCAACUACUACAGCUUUACGUUUUCAAUGUUUGUGGCCACGCAGCACGAUGAGGGAUUGUACAAUUUAUACUUUCACGCCUGUCCCAACUAUGUUAACCCCAAGAUGCUGUCUUUCAAUGUGGACAUUGAGGAAAACAACAAUGGCAACUACUUGUCGGCGGGAGAAAUGCCGUUGCCGGCCUUGUACUUUAUGAUGAGUCUGCUAUUCUUUUUGUCAGGAUUAUUCUGGGUGUUCAUCCUGAAGAAGAGCAAGCACACUGUCUACAAGAUACAUUACCUUAUGGCCGUUCUCGUUUUCCUAAAGUCGCUGUCUCUUAUGUUCCAUUCAAUCAAUUAUCAUUUCAUUGAGAAACGUGGCGAGCAUGUGGAAACCUGGGCGAUACUCUACUACAUAGCGCAUCUACUGAAGGGUGCCGUGCUUUUCAUAACUAUUGUGCUCAUUGGCACCGGCUGGACAUUUAUCAAGCAUAUACUCUCCGACAAGGACAAGAAGAUCUUCAUGAUUGUCAUUCCGCUGCAGGUUUUGGCUAAUGUAGCGCAAAUUAUAACGGACGAAUCGGAUCAAAGCGACGCCGAGUUCCGCACCUGGCACAACAUUUUCUUCUUUGUGGAUCUGCUAUGUUGCGGCGCCAUACUGUUUCCAAUAGUGUGGUCCAUCCGCCAUCUGCACGAGGCGUCCGCGACAGACGGAAAGGCGGCAAUUAAUCUUCGCAAGCUGAAACUUUUCCGCCAGUUUUAUAUAAUGAUCGUCUGCUACAUUUACUUUACGCGCAUCAUUGUGGACUUGCUACAGAUGACGGUCGUCUUUCAAUAUGCCUGGCUGGACGAGAUGUUCCGCGAAAUGGCCACAUAUGUUUUCUUUGUGCUCACGGGCUACAAGUUCCGCCCAGUCUCAUCGCAUCCAUACUUCACAGUGCCCGAUGACGAUGAAGACGACGAGGUGGAGGUUGUCACCGAAUCUGGCCUCACCGCGUCGGUGCAUCGCGUUAAGCCGCUAAAUCGCUCGGCCCAUUCCAAUACCAUCACCAUUAUCGAGGGCAACGAUGAUGAGCGCGAGAAUCUGAUUGCGAAACGUGAAUCAAGUCAUGAAUACGAUUAGAUCGUUUAGUCGCGCUACACAGAUAGACACAUACACAUACAUACAUAUAUAUGAUUAGGAUUUAUAUAUAUAUCUAUAUAUAUAUAUAUAUGGUAUACUGGUAUUUAUAUAUACAUAUGUAUAAGAUACGCACUUAACUGCAAUCUUACUGUAAGCAAGACGAAUUCCAACUCCCGCCAGCUGUUGCAAAACGGGUAUUCGGUUGGGAUGGGUUGAAUGAUGUUUAGUUAGUAGUCUGCCCCGCUCCUCGAUUUAAAAGAAAAAAGUGCCCGUCCAACCUAAACGCACGUGUAAAUAAAAAACGUUGCUUCGCGCAAUCCCACACUCCCCCACAUAGCCAACAACCAGAUCGAUGCUUAACCGAUUCGUUUUAAGGCAAUAAUGAAAUAAUUUUAUUGAAUAUACGAUACAUACAUAAA